AUGCUGGUAUCCAGACUAGCAUUUGAAAAGGUAGCUCGCGAGAUGCUCGAGUUGCCAAUCGGGAGCAAACAAUAUUCUCGAGAAAGAGAGAAACGAGUGUUCCGGGCUGCAUUUGGUACAAGCUUCGAGGUUUGCUCCGAAUUGUGGUCCAAGCUCGAGCCAAAGAAAAAGAUAUCGCGUCGAGCACAGCCAAAGCAUUUGCUGUGGACGCUGAUAUACUAUAAGGUAAAUAUUAGCGAAGAAAUGAUGAUUAAGAUCGCUAAUUGCAAGUCAUGUGACACGUUUCGCGAUUGGGUCUCAAAGUUCACAGAUGGGAUCGCUGAUCUGGAAGAAGUCGUUAUAGUUUGGGCGAAUCGUUUCAAUGACUGGGAUGGGAAGUGCAUCGCACUGGUCACAGUCGAUGGCACAGAUGUUUGGAUGUGGGAGCCAUCGCCAAGAUCAAGGAUAUGGUGGAGUCAUAAGCACAAUCGUGCUGCAAUGCGAUACGAAAUUGCACAAUGCAUUCAGACAGGAGACAUUGUGGCCAUCAACGGUCCCUUUCCGGCAAACUUGAGUGACAGGGAAAUCUUUGACGCUAAUCUUUCCCUCAUGCUCAUGCCUGGUGAAUGCGUCGAGGCAGAUAAUGGGUACUCCGGUAGAAUUCAGAUCAAGACUAAUGCUGUAGGAAAGGAUAGCAUCACCAGGAAACAAAAAUCGGUGGCUAGGGGACGACAUGAAAAUGUCAACAGGCGCUUGAAAAUUUUCAAAGUAAUGGAAAGAUGGGAAAGCACAAAUACCGAGAAACAUGGAAAGAUAGCUCGUGCUGUGGCCGUCAUUGUGCAACUUUCCUUUGAGAAUGGAGCGAGAUUGUACCCGGUUAAAUAUGAAGUCACCUAUGACUAA